AUGACGAACCAGUACACGUGCCUUGAUGGGUUUGCUUACAGUAAAGGAAAAGUUAGGAAUGCAAUCCAGAAGAGCCUGCAUAACAUCUCUCACCACGUAAGUAACUCUCUAGUCAUGCUCAAAAAAAUCCCUGGCAUUAACACAUCUAAGUCCGAGGUUUUCCCUGAGUAUGGUAACGUAAAACACGGGUUCCCUUCGUGGUUGUCGCCCAAAGAUCGAAAGCUUUUGCAGGCUUCCGUCAAUACAACCAAAUUUGAUUUAAUUGUAGCUAAAGACGGUACAGGAAACUUUACUACCAUUAGCGAAGCAGUGAGGGCAGCUCCAAACUCAAGCGAUACAAGGUUUGUUAUACAUAUAAAGUCCGGGGCAUAUUUUGAGAAUGUGGAGGUGGAAAGAAAGAAGAAGAUGCUGAUGUUCGUUGGGGAUGGGAUUGGAAAGACUCUGGUCAAAGCAAAUAGGAGUGUUGUUGAUGGAUGGACUACUUUCCGGUCAGCCACUACAAAUUCGGAUGACAGCGGCAUUGUGACUGGUGGCCUUUAUGUGUGGGAGUAUAAAAGUAAUGCCAGUGACUGUGAGUACAUAAUGGCUCAUGGGACCGCUACUGUGGUCGAAUCACGUGUGGUUAAUGAGGGCAGAUUUUUUUAA